AUUUGGGGAAAAUAAAAAGCGUGUUUUGUACUGGUAAAAUGGUUGGCUGUUAUUUGACUUAUUGAGUUAUUUAAAAUAUCACAUUGACGACUGAGGAAAACUGGAAAACGUUGAGAAGAGAAUUGCUAUACUACACCAAAGUAGUGGCUGCUGGAAGCAGCGGAUACUGCAUGCUACCAAAGAGUAGCGGCUGAUUUUCAGCGGUCAAAUAGAAGACUACCGAUCGGGUAGUGGCUGUUCAAAACAGCGGUAGGUUACCAAAGGGUAACGGCUGUAGUGAAACAGCGGAAAUUGCCACGAGUAUUAACGUGAGAAGGCUACCGGGUGUAGCGGCUGUGAAGCAGCGAAUAAAUGCCAAAAAGGCAAAGUGGAUUCCGUACGGAACGGAAAGCUAUUUAGAAAUAACGGCUCGCAUAGCGAUAGAGAACAAAAGAAGUUUAAAGUGAAGAAUCGACAAAUUGAUGCUAUCUCCAAAUUGUCACGAUGGACAAGUGGGAAAUUAAACCAUUUAGUUUCAAAUCCUUGCAUAGGAAUACGGUGCGUGACGAGUGGAUGAAAUAUAAGCGGAAUUUCGAUUUCGUCGUCGCGGCCACUGGUGAAACCGAUAAAGAUCGUAUCCGAAACAUUUUCCUCGCAAAGGGCGGGCCGGAUCUUCAAGAAGUGUUUGCGUCCAUUCCUGGAGCUGACGUGAAGGAUGACCCGAAGAACGGAAUCGAUUCAUACGCGGUAGCUAUUGAAAAACUUGACACCUACUUUGCACCCAAGCAACACGAUACGUUUGAGCGUAAUCUGUUCUGGACAUUGAAACCGGAUCCAGAAGAGACCCUGGUGAAGUUUACGCUCCGUUGCCAAGAGCAAUCAACUAAAUGUGACUUCGGGAAGUCUUCUGAAGAGAGCAGAUCCAUCAGCGUUAUCGAUAAAAUUAUUUUGUUUGCUCCAAGUGAUUUAAAAGAGCAAUUAUUGCAAAAGGAUAAUCUAAAAAUUGAUGAAGUCACGAAAAUAGUGAGCUCAUAUGAAUCGGUCAAACAUCAGGCUCGAACAAUCAGUUGCUCCGCUAGUGGUUUUUCUGAGAAUGCUAUAUUGAGUCAAGAGGCAACCAGCUCUGUCAACAGGAUUCGACCUUCGACUUCGAGGGAGUGCAUACGUUGUGGCAAAGUGGGCCACUAUGCGUCCGAUCCUAAGUGUCCAGCGAGAGAUAAAGAAUGCAAUAAAUGCAAGCGCUUCGGACACUUUGCAAAUCAAUGUCGAACAACCGGUUCAGUGAAGCGUAAAUUCGAGGGGCCCAAAUUCAGUAACAAACACCCACGACAGGAACGGAUUCGUGAAAUAAGAGCUAAUACUGAACGACAAGAAGAUGUGAAGGAUAAAAGCUUCAUAUUCAAUAUUUCGGAUGGUGACGAACUAAUUAGGAUGUCUGUAGGAGGCAUAUUGCUGCAACUAAUGGUCGAUUCGGGGUGCAAGAGGAAUAUCAUUGAUGAACAAUCUUGGAAGUACUUAAAAGCAAACGGCGUUGAAAUUUGGAACCAGAAGAAAGAGUGCGAUGAAGUAUUCCUUCCAUAUGGCGAGAAUGCGAAACCCCUGACGGUACUAGGCUCAUUCGAUACUUCUAUUACGAUUGAAGAUGUUGGAAAGAUAACGGAAAAGGUAGCUACGUUUUACGUAAUUCGAGGAGGUCAACAGUGUCUUUUAGGCAGGACAACUGCUACCGAGCUAGGUGUUCUCUUCGUUGGCUUGCCCAGUACUCGUGGUGUUAAUGCAGUAAAGGUUGAGGAAAAACGUUCGUUCCCGAAAAUCAAAGGGGUUAAGGUAUCUAUACCGAUUGAUAAAACCUUCCCACCUGUGUGCCAAAACCCAAGACGACCCCCAAUAGCUUUGAUGGCGAAAAUCGAGGACAAGUUGAACUCCCUCUUGGCGAACGAUAUCAUUGAACCAGUGGAGGGUGGUUGUCCAUGGGUAUCACCUUUAGUUACUGUCAUCAAAGAUAAUGGUGACAUACGCUUGUGCGUUGAUAUGCGUCGGGCAAAUGUUGCUAUUCUGCGAGAAAGGCAUCUGAUGCCCACAAUUGAUGAUUUUCUUCCACGGUUCGCUGGUGCGAAGUACUUUAGUCGCCUCGAUAUUAAAGAGGCAUUCCAUCAGGUAGAACUUGACGAGGACAGUCGAUAUAUAACGACCUUCAUCACCCACAUGGGCCUAUUCCGCUACAAGCGCCUUAUGUACGGGAUUGUAAUCGCUCCAGAGAUAUUUCAGAGGAUACUUGAGCAAGUUUUGAGCCGGUGUAGCAAAAACGCCGUGAACUUUAUUGACGACAUAUUGAUUUUCGGUAAGACAGAAGCGGAACAUAACGCGGUGCUUGAGUUGGUACUGUCCACUCUUAAGGAGUUUGGGGUACUACUCAAUCAAAACAAAUGUAUUUUCAACGUCCAAAAGCUGGAUUUCUUAGGACACACUCUUUCAUCACAAGGCAUACAACCCGCUCAGGAUAAGAUUUUGGCCAUCCGGAAAUUCCGUGCGCCUUCCAGUCCGGAAGAAGUUCGUAGUUUUAUAGGCCUCGUUACGUAUAUCGGACGUUUCCUCCCAAAUCUGGCCACCAUCUCCUCUCCUCUUCGAGAAUUAACUUGUUCCGGAGUGAAAUUCGAAUGGGGCGAAAGCCAACAACGAUCGUUCAUCAAAUUGAAAGAGAUGAUUUCGAAUGUAAACCUGCUUCGUUUUUUUCGACAAUUCGCUGCGUACUCGCGUCAUUGCAGACGCCUCACCGGUUGCUUUGGGUGCUGUCCUUGUGCAGUUUAA